AUGCAGCAAGUGCUUGGGCAAGAGGAGGUUGGCUUCCAGUCGGUGGAGCAGGAGCAGGCACUGCACGCGGUGCUUGAUGGGCAGACACCGCUUGUUGUGGUGCUUCCAACAGGCGGUGGCAAGAGCUUGCUGUUCAUGGUGCCAGCUUGCAUGGAUGGCAGUGGGGUGACGGUAGUCGUCGUGCCGUAUCGCACAUUAAUUCAGGACUUGGUGGGCCAUAUACAGAAGUGCGGGAUCCGCUGCAUGGAGUGGAAGCAUGGGGAGAGCAACCCGGCAGCUGUUGUCGUCGUCAGUGCCGACGUGGCAGGUAACACUAUCAGCAAUGGUAACUUUCUAGGCUAUGCGAAUAUGCUCAGUGGCAAGGGGCUGCUGCGACGGGUGGUCGUAGAUGAAUGUCAUCUCAUCUUCACGUCGAGCGACUGGCGGCCGAAGCUGGCACUGCUGAAGAAUCUGCGGCUGCUGCCGUGCCUGCUGGUGCUACUCACGGCGACACUUCCACCGGCACGGGAGGGCGAGCUGGCAUCAAGCAUGCUAAUUCAGUGUGCGAUGUACAUUCGAGCGAGCACAGUGCGGCCGAAUACACGUUACUUUGUGUCAUGGUGUGAGUGUGGCAAGGCUCAGGACACGGCACUGGCAAUCUGCCGGCGGCAGCAGCAGCGGCUGGCCGAUCGAAGAGAAAAGGGAGUCGUGUACUGCCGCAGCAAGCAGCAGUGUGAGGACGUGGUGGAGGCGCUGGGGUGCGGAUACUAUCAUGCGGGUGACCCAGACCGUGGCGAGCAGCUCGAGCUAGAGUGGGUUGGGGGGGCGAGCUGGUGA